AUGGACCUGAGUCUGGACGAGAUAGUCUCGAUGAAGAGGAGAGGGAGAGGAAGAGGAAGAGGAGUAGGGAGGGGAGCACUGCGAGGCCGCGGGCAGGGAAGAAGAGGGGGGCUGGUCGGAACACCCAUUCAGCCAGACGGACGAGUCGGCAGAGGGGGAGGAGUCACGGCAACAAAGACAGGCAAAGAUCUCCGAGACGUCCUGGCAACGAAGCAAAAGAUGCAGGUGGUCGACUUGAGAGCAAAGAUAAAACCGAAAAUGUCUCCGGUGUCAGUGGGGCGUGGUCGAGGGAGGCCACACCUAUCACAACGAGGAGGGAGAACGUCAGCAGUUGCUGUACCAUCGUUCCCUGCCACCCCGCGGCGUGCCCGCUCGAGAUCACCCAUCAGGAAAUCGUUUUCCUCCCCUCCUCCCCAAGCUGACCCCAACUCCAGGAGAAGGAGAGAGAGUCCGAUAAGACUUCCGUCGUCGGCCGAAACUAAAAAGAUAACGGUGACAGUUCCCGGGCUGAAUAGGCCUGUGUCUGAGGUGAGUGUGCGCUGGGCCGCCUUACCCCUCGUUCUUCCUGCCCCCUAG